CGGGACAGAAGCCGGAAGCGAGGGGCGCGCGGCCGAGCGGCCUGUCCCGGAAGUCGCUGCCGCGACCCGUCUCGCGCCUGGCGGCGGCCGAGGCCCGGGGCGGGCGGGGCCCUGGCGCGAGCCGAUGGGUAAAUACUGCGCGAGCCUGGGCCUCCUGCGCGGGCCCUGGGACCAGGUGUUCGCCGCCUUCUGGCAGCGCUACCCGAACCCCUACAGCAAGCAUGUCCUGACAGAAGACAUUGUGCACCGGGAGGUGACAGCGGACCAGAAGCUGCUCUCCAGGCGGCUCCUGACCAAGACCAACAGGAUGCCGCGGUGGGCAGAGCGCUUCUUUCCUGCUAAUGUCGCCCACUCUGUGUACAUCCUGGAAGAUUCCAUUGUGGACCCGAAGAACCGAACCAUGACCACAUACACCUGGAACAUUAAUCAUGCACGUCUUAUGGUGGUGGAGGAGCGCUGUGUUUACUGUGUGAACCCCGAGAACAGCAGCUGGACUCAAGUCCGACGGGAAGCGUGGGUCUCCUCCAGUCUGUUCGGCGUCUCCCGGGCCAUCCAGGAGUUCGGCCUGGCCAGGUUCAAGAGCAACGUGACCAAGAGCACCAAGGGGUUUGAAUACGUGCUAGCGAAAAUGCAAGGAGAAGCUCCCUCCAAGACCUUGGUGGAGACGGCGAAGGAGGCCACUGAGAAGGCCAAGGAGACGGCCUUAGCAGCCACAGAGAAAGCCAAGGACCUGGCCAGCAAGGCGGCCACCAAGAAGAAGCAGCAGUAUGUGUGAGAAGCCAGCCACCUCUGCUGCUGGCAGGAGUCCAGAGUAGCACUGGCCAGCUCCAUCCCGCACCUCACAGCGGACAGGAGCCUCUCUAGAGUUUAUAUUUUUUAAUUGAAACUGUACGAGUCUGACAAUCAGCUGCAGCUAGAUCCUUUCUAAGGUGUAACUAUCAUUAAAGAAUCCACUUCCCCCA